AUGAAUAAAGAUUAUUACAGCGUUUUAGGAGUUAGUCCUUAAGCAUCCGAUCCAGAGAUUGCUCAGAAAUUCAGAGUGCUUGCUUUAACUUACCACCCAGAAAAGAAUAAGAGUAAUAUGGCCUAAGCUAAUUAUAUCUUCACCUAAGUGUGUGAAGCUUACGAAGUAUUAAGUAACCCAUAAUUAAGAGAGGUUUACGACAGAUAUGGCGAACAUUUACUUAAGAAUGGAGUGCCUGAAGCUAAGUUAGGAUUCAAAGGAGGCUAUAAGUUUAGUGGAAACACACUUGAGAUUUUUGAGAAAUUUUUCGGCACAUCUAAUCCAUUCACAAUUGCCCUAGAUGACAAUGGAAAUACUCUUUCGUUAGUUGAACAGUUUUAGCAGAAAUAUCAGAGAUUGUUCUUCAAAAAAUUCUAGGAGCUUAGAGUAAAUGUUGAGUGCACACUAGAGGAAUUCUUUUUCGGUUGCAAAAAAGAGAUACUAUUUGAAAGGAUAUAAUUAAUGGCAGAUGAGAGAAGUGAAAAGGUUCAAGUAAUCAGCAGAGAAAUUGAGAUCAAACCAGGCAUGGGUCCUUGGACUGAGCUAAGAUUCCCAAAAGAGGGCCACUAGAGAUUUGCUAAUGAACAAAGCGAUUUGAUUAUUCAAUUGAUUGAGGAGAAGCAUCCUCAUUUCGAGAGAAGUCAGGAUGAUAUAAUAUAUAAUCAUAAAAUCACUCUAGCUGACAGCCUUUUAUCUAAACCAAUCAUUUUCACUACCAUUGACAAUGAGAUGAUCGAGAUAGCAAUAGAUGAAGUAAUUUGCCCUCAAACACAAAAAGUUAUUCCAGAGAAAGGGAUGCCAAUUUUUAAUAACGACCCUCUUGGCCCACUGAGAAAAUCUUAUCAAAGAGGAAAUUUAAUAGUGAGAUUCGAUAUAGAAUUCCCAAGACAACUUACAUUCAGCCAAAAGUAGGAACUAACUGACAUCCUUAAUGAAGAAGAGUGA